GACUCCCGGAGAAUGCAAAACAGUCGAGAAAUUGAAACGCGGCUAUCUGUGCGAUACGUCCAAUCAACAAAUUCCCAACACAAACACACACCGAAACCCAAAACGUCUCGAGGUCUAAAUACAUAUAGAAAACACAUCGUAUUCCCCCCUUUUUUUUUGGUUGCUCCGUCGUCGAUUAGCAAGUGAACAAGCUCUAAAGCGCGUUGAGCAGAACAGAAAAAAGAACAGAACGGUAUACGUCAACGGCUGUAUUUAAGACAGCUAAAAGAUUCAAGACUCCAUCUAGCGAAGCAACCACCAAAUAACCACCAACCAACCGCACAAAAAUGGCCGAGGCUAACAAGAGGAAUAUCCCCAUCAAACUGGGCGACUUCAGCGUCAUCGACACGGAGUUCAGCAACAUUCGCGAGCGUUUCGAUUCCGAGAUGCGUAAAAUGGAGGAGGAGAUGGCCAAGUUCCGACACGAGCUGAUGAACCGUGAGGCCAACUUCUUCGAGUCCACCAGCUCUACUAAAAAAACAACAACUACCAGCUCAACGACAAACUCGGCUCUGCCAUCCCGAAUCCCAAAGCAACAGAACUACGUUUCCGAUAUCAGCUCACCUCUGAUUCAGGAUGAGGGCGACAACAAAGUGCUGAAGCUGCGUUUCGAUGUCAGCCAGUAUGCUCCCGAGGAAAUUGUGGUGAAAACUGUGGACCAGAAGCUUUUGGUGCACGCCAAGCACGAGGAGAAAUCGGACACAAAGAGCGUCUACAGGGAGUACAACCGGGAGUUCCUGCUGCCCAAGGGCGUCAACCCUGAGUCGAUCCGCUCGUCCCUCAGCAAGGAUGGAGUCCUGACCGUGGACGCCCCCCUGCCAGCACUCACCGCCGGCGAAACACUGAUUCCCAUUGCGCAUAAGUGAAGUCCUCCGUCAUCAUCCAUCAACCGAUCACCAUUGAAGAGGAAGGAAGGAGGAGGCUACCGCAAAUCAGAUUAAAUCAUACCACACAUUGACUUUAAUCCAAUCCUAUCUAAAUGAUUAAUUUUUUUUGGUUCUGACUUAAAGCUAAACUAUGUUACUGACUUACUACUCAUUAACUUAAAUAUAAUUCAAAUUAUUAUUAAAUUUGAUUAAUUUAAUUCAUAUUUAUAAUUUUUGCAUUAAACGUAAUCAAUUUUGUCGUAGUUGCCCCCGCAUUAGUUUUCCUCUCCUCCCGUCAUCAAAAAAUAAAUCAAGAUUUAUCCAACUGA